AUGGCCAACCUAGCUCGGAAGAGCAAAGACGCCUACGUUCGUCAGUAUGAAGGAUACCUGGACGAUCUCAACACGUUCAAGGCGGAGCUGCGAAAUUUGCUCGCGCCGACAUCUGUAGCGUCUCGCAGACCCGCUCUACUAAAGGUGAAGGCCAUUCUAGCUAGAGGAAAUGCCUUCCGACUGCUAGACGAGGACUUCCUGCGUCCGGAUCUCCCAUGGGAGAUGGAUGGCUUCCAAGUUGACGUCCUGAUGCAGGCCAUGUCCGCCUAUUCUCUGUAUAUCGAGGUCUCGAGCCUACCCGAGUACUCGUCCCUACGAGCGACGAAACCGAUGGCGCUCGCAGACAUAGUCCGCUGGAUCGACGUCGUACAUCCCAUGAACGACAGGCUGGUACCCACGCCGGAGAAGCCCACCUACGGCACCAUGGUCACGUCCAUCGCGGGCCUGCUCUCCAGCAUUACCCGCAAGAAGGACGGCGACUUCACGCAGCUCGCCUGGAACGACCCGCACGUCCUCACGCUCGUGAUGGACCUGUGGCUAUACUACCCGCGCUACCUCCAACACUACAGCGAGGACCUCACAGAAACCGCGACGACCAUCACCGUGUCCGCGCUCGCCACCCUUGAAAAUUUAUCCGCCACAGAGGACGGCGAGAAGUACUUCGUCACGCGCUUGCUCGCCAUGGUCGGUGGGCGCCCCAGCCGCAUCCUGCACCUCAUCGCGGAGCAGACGGCCUUCCUCGACAGCAUCAACGUCAAAAGCAGGUGGAGCUUCGUCUGGAAGAUCCACUACGCGCUCGUGGAACAGCUGUCGGAGAGCUCCGAGUUUCUCGGCGUCGACGCGCCGCUCUGCUUCUUCGAGUCCGUCGUCGUGGGCUGGCGGCGCUGCCUGGAGAAGCCCCAGGACGAGAACCUGGCCGCGGCGGCGGAAGAGGCGAAGGGCGCCGUCGGCAACUUCGUUAUGAUGGCGCUGAGCACGACGAAUCUGCGCCGCGCUAUCCGAGCGGGCGUGUACGACGCACUGUUCGACGUCGAGCGCGCGUGGGGCAAGGAGAAGAAGGAGAGCGCGCUCUUCGGCGGCAUCGCGCAGCAUCUUGUGAGCAGCUUCACGAUACCCAGCAUCCUCCGCGUCUUCCAUCGACGGCACACGGACCUCCUGCAUCCUCCUAAAAACCCCGACGAGCGUCGAUCCUUCAUCGAGAAACGCUUCCAGAGCUUGCUCUCCGCGUAUAGGAUCAUGUGGCAGCAGUAUACGGAUGCGAGAAGGGCGCCCACCUGGAAGCGCGCCUUCCCUUGUAGCAACGUGCACGCGGACGUCCACGAAGCAGAGGUGCGCGCGUGCGCGUGCGGGCAGGCUUUCUACUGCUCGAAGAAGUGCCAACGCGAGCACUGGAAGGCUGGUCAUCGGGACUCUUGCUGCCAUGAGGACGGUGUGUGGGGCUUCCAAGGAGACAUAACGCUCGACGAUGCGGUCUUCCUCUUCGAGUCGGCGCUUCGUGUGAUUGAGCGCGACGAGGCAAAGAUGGCACAGGAUCUCGCGCGCACGGACUAUCCCGAUAGACCUCUCAUUAUGGUCGAUCUCGCAACUCCUCCGACCCCAGACGGGAAUUUCGAGUGGACUCUGGACGAAGAAUUGAGCGAUUUGUCCUGUGACGAGGAUUGGUCUACCGAUGAAGACGGCGGUGAGAAUGAAGAAGACGAGGAUGAUGGAGUGGAAGCGGAUGUGGCGCAGGACAUGUACAAGAAAGCAGAGAAUCGAGAAAGGCACUUGGACAAGGGCGAUGGAAACGAGGGUCCGCACAUCGCUGCAAUAUCCGUCGCGUACUGCGUGGGGGAGGCGUCCUCGCGCGCGUGCGCAAGCCUAUUGUUCUUUUUCCCAUUGUUCUACUCCUGGACGAACCGGCCCAAACCACGAGACAUGGUCUUUUCGCCCUUAUACCCUUUUGAUUUGGUCACUUUGCUACGCUUUGCUCCUGCCUCUCUACUCCUACGCGCGGUUACUCCUUCGCGCGCCACUUUUGAAGGCAAUUAUGUCUCGGCCUCCGAGUCGCGCAAAGUCGCCAAGAUCUCCUACUCGCCACCCAGGAAGCUGGUGAAGAAGCGCAAACCAGUUCACACUGCAGCCUUGCCUUCAGCGGCGUCGCCAGCUGCGUCAAGUAACGACUCCUUCUAUCUCGUAACCGCAGCGGACGUGGAAUCGCUCGCACAAGAAGAGCGCAGGCGCUCUUCAGAUGACCCUCGGGUGUCAACAUCUUCAUCCGACCACUCGUCCGCAUCAACCCACACAACGGAGACCGAAUCACUUCACCGCUCGACUGGCGAGCACCACCUCCGCGCCCCAAUGCUCAUUGAAGGGAAGGAGACUCGGUUCCAUGAGCAUUUCUCUCCGCGGGAUUCGAACACGAUGUCAUUGACCAGUGGAAACUUCCCGCUGCUAGGGAGCAGACCUGUCAGCGCCGAGACUAUCUUGCCUGUGCCGCCUCCGGUGCGCCCCAAACUCGGCAAGGAAGGGUCGAAGUUCAUCGAACGGCUGUCCAGUGCUUCCGGCUCUGUGCGCUCGGCGGGCGCGAAGUCAGAGGUGAGCUCUACUGCGCUGCCGGUCAUCGUGCGAGGCCAGCCACGAGCCACGUCUUCGACGCCGUCCGUGCGCUCUGCUGCGCGUAUGCCUUCGCCGCAAAGAUCGUUAGCACAGUCGCCGCCGAAGUCACCUACGCAGUCUGCAUCUUCGCGCGUACCCUCACCGCCGAAGUCACCGCCCUCGCAAGGCCCACCCAGGCGCCUACGCUACGCAGACAUCAUGCCUGAGCCCAUCGAACCCGGCCCGCGCGCGUCGCUCGCGCUGCGGCUUUCUGCGGCACAGUGGCGGCAUAGCUCGCAGCCUGCGCCGGAGGGGUACGAGUACGUCCCCGCAAGCGAGCAAGGCACCGUGGAGGACUUCAUGAACGGCCAACUUCUGAAUCCCUACGCCAUCCGACCCAUUCGUAGACCGGAAGACGAGAAGAAGUAG